GUCUUGGCGAAAAUCCCAGAAGUAGGCGCGGGGAGACUCUCAUGCAGCUGCUGCUCUGUGGCCCAUUAUUGGCCUCAGAGCCCACAGGGCCUGUCCCUUGCUCCGGUGUCUGCAAAUCUCCCUGGCACGCCAUACUAUCCCUGGAUCACGAUUGGACAGGACCUUUGUGACGUUGUCGUCCCGGAAGUCAACACAUUUUAAUGCUGCUGCUGCUGCUACAGUAGAAAAUGUCCAGUCCCUGGGAGGUGGAGAAGGGGUCCUUGCAUCUCUGCCGCUUUGAUUACGUCGUUGGGAGUCAGACACAGACUGCGUUGACAUACAAUGAUGUGAAUGUGAACUUUACUCAAGAAGAGUGGGCUUUGCUGGAUCAUUCCCAGAGGAGUCUCUACAAAGAUGUGAUGCUGGAGACCUACAAGAACCUCAAUGUUAUAGGCUACAAUUGGGAAGAUCAUAAUAUUGAAGAGUGUUGUCAAAGUGCUAGAAGACAUGCAAGGUGUGAAAACAGUCAUAGUGGAGAGAAACUCUCUGAAGAUCCUCAAUAUGAAGUCUUUGCACAUUACAGUAAUUCCCACACAUGUAAAACUAUGCAUACUGGUGAGAAUCGCUAUGAAUGUAAGCAAUGUGGUAAAGCCUUUGCACAUAAUAGUCAUCUCCUAAGACAUAAAAGGACACAUACUGGAGAAAAACCUUAUGAAUGUAACCAAUGUGGGAAAGCCUUUGCGCAUAACAGUCAUCUCCUAAUACAUGAAAGAACUCACACUGGAGAGAAACCUUAUGAAUGUAACCAAUGCGGUAAAGCCUUUGCAGAUAAGAGUGUUCUCCUAAGACAUAAAAGAACUCACACUGGAGAAAAACCUUAUGAAUGUAACUGGUGUGGUAAAGCCUUUGCAUGUAACAGUAAUCUCCUAAUACACAAAAGAACUCACACUGGAGAGAAACCUUAUGAAUGUAACCAAUGUGGUAAAACCUUUGCACAUAGCAAUCAUCUCCUAAGACAUAAAAGAACUCACACUGGAGAGAAACCUUAUAAAUGUAACCAAUGUGGUAAAGCCUUUGCAUAUAACAGUAUACUCCUAAUACAUAAGAAAACUCACACUGGAGAGAAACCUUAUGAAUGUGACCAAUGUAGUAAAGCCUUUACAUGUAACAGUAAUCUCCUAAUACACAAAAGAACUCACACUGGAGAGAAACCUUAUGAAUGUAACCAAUGUGGUAAAGCCUUUGCACAGAACAGUCAUCUCCUAAUACAUAAAAGAACUCACACUGGAGAGAAACCUUAUGAAUGUAGCCAAUGUGGUAAAGCCUAUGCACGGAACAGUCGUCUCCUAAUACACAAAAGAAUUCACACUGGAGAAAAACCUUAUGAAUGUAAACAGUGGUAAAGCCUUUGCAUGUAACAGGAAUCUCCUAAUACAUGAACUCACAUUGGAGAGAAACCUUAUGAAUGUAACCAAUGUGGUAAAGCCUUUGUACAGAACAGUCAUAAAAAACACAUACUGGAGUGAAACCUUUUAAAGGUACCUAAUGUGAUGAAGUCUAUGCAUAUCAGAGUAGUCUCUGAGAACAUAGAAGAGCACAGCCUGGAGAAAAACCUUAUGAAUAUAAUCUCUGUGUUAGGACAUUUGUACAACACACAAUCCCCAGUCAUUUAAGUCAUUUCCUAAUAGAUAAAAAUGCAUACUGCAGAAAAUCCUUAUAAAUAUAACCAAUGUUAUAUAGGCUUUUCAUGCAACAGUCAUCUCCUAGGACAAGAACACAUACUGGAGUGAAACCCAAUGACUGUAACCAGUAUAAAAAAGCCUUUGUACAUAACAGUCAUCUCAUAAAACAUGAAGAACACAUACUAGAGGGAAACUUUAUGAAUGUAACAAAUGUGGUAAAAUUUUUGCUCUUCAGAAUUGUCUUCAAAGUCAUGAAAGAAUACAUAUUGGACAGAAAGACUAUGAGUUUAUUUAAUAUGGUGGAGCUACUCUACAUUUGUAUAAUCAUCAUCAUGACUUUGUACUGGAGACCAACAUUAUGAAUAUGUUAAAAUGUGAGGGCUUUGCACAUAUCUAUAUUCUUCAUUGACAUAAAGUUUCAUACUGGAGAAAGAUUUUGUGAACAUAAGCAAUGUGGUGAGGCCUUUUUGUUUGUCAGUCCACUGAAUCCAAUACAACUCAAACUCAGUUCAAUGAAAAUGACAAAAAAACAUUGUUAUCCAGACACUACUGGUUGAUUAGGCCCACAUAACAUUCUUGGGAGCUGAGCUGUGAUACCUACAUACCCACUGAGCCAAAAUGUUACGGAGGUUCUGAGAUUAAAAAUCGUAAACAUUUGUUCCAUUUUACAACUAUUCUUUUUCAUCAGUCAGGGUUUAGAGAUGUGCUUUAUGCCAUUGAGGAAGUCACCUGAGGCAAAUGUAGGUUUUACAACUCAACCAAUCAUAUUCAUUUGUUCAUCUGUGGUUAGGAAAAGGUAUCAUGUUUUAGAGAAGAGAAGCUGUGGUAUGGGACAGUCAUUAUGUUUGGUGACCAGAAAACAUGGUAUGGAACAAAAGAUGUUUGGGGGAACAAAAGAUGAAUAAUGAAAGCUUGUCGGCUAUUGGGAAGUGCGCAGCUUUCUAGGGAACUUAAAUUUAGGUCCACCCUAUAAUUCAAUGGAGGCUGGUAUAUAAAAGGCAAUAUUUAGGGCAAAUUUAGGGCAUAUUCCCACAUGCAAAUUACCUUUGCAUGUUUUGCACAUCACAGUCAUCUUCAAGUAUAUAAAAAAAACAGAUAGUAGAGAGAAACCUUACAUGUAUAAUCAAUUUGAUAAAGCCUUUUCUUAACAGUCGUUUCCAAAUACAUAGAAUACUUACUGCAGUGAAACCCUAUGAAUAAGCAAUGUGGUAAAGCAUUUUCAUGUGGUUGUCUUUGAAAUCAUAAGAAAAAGUCAUGCUACGGAGAAACCCCAUGGGCGUAGUCAGUAUUAUAGUUUUGUACUUCACAGUACCAUUAUAAAAGAGUAAAAGAUUUAGUAUGUGAACAACUUCUUAAAGCUUUUGCAUAUCACAGCAGUCUUUGAGAACCUGAAAGAACUCAUUCUGAAGGAAAUCUAUUAGGAUUUAUUAAGAGGUGUCAACAGUGUAUUCAUGCAUUAUGACAUCCGUCCUUAUUUUGUUUCCAAUUAGAAGCUCAUAUGGACAAAAGGCCUAUAAAUUUAAACAAUCAGCUAACCCUUUUAGAUUUCAAAAGUCUCUUCAAUUACAUGAAAUUAAUCAUCCAGUUGUACAGUUUAUGGGUGUGUAUUAGUGCCUUUUCUGUGACUUAACAGGACAUAUAAGGCAAAUUCCAAAUGUGUUUAAUUUGCCAUAUGGUUCCAGAAGUAUGUGGGAUCACUAUGAACUGGGCAUGACAAGUUUAACAAAUGGCAUGCAAAGUAGGAAGGUUGGAACUCACAUCCUCAACUUGCAGCAUGAAGCAGAGGGGGAACUACAAAUGGUAUACAGUUGGGACCUAUCAAGCCCACCCCAAGUAACAUACUUCCUCCAUCAGGGCUACUUUUCCAAAACAUUCCCAAAUUCUACCACCAACUGAGAAGGAUUCAUUUCUCUAAGUUCAAGGACAUGUUUGAUUUCUGUUAUAUGAAAGAACCCAUGAUGAAGAAAAACUCUGUAGAUAAGCCUGUGGUUGCCUCAACACCUGAGUUAAAGGAAUGAAUGCUUACACAAGUAAAACAUUGUGAAUAAACAUAUAUUAGUUUAAGUUUUUUUUCAAUUUCCGUUAUGUGAUAUCAGUGUGUAUUUGUGUAUUUGUGUGCUCUCCAUUCUGGUUUCCAUGAAGAGCAGACCCUUUGCUCUUCUUGUACCAGGAAUUACAAGAAGUUGUGAAAAUCCUGACCUAGGUCCUAGGAAUGAACUUGUCUUAAUGCACAGCCAUGUCUUUAGUUCUGUAAUAUCUUAAAUCCUUUAUAUAUCAUCUUGAUGUCAAGAAGUAGAAAAGAAUUCAUAGAAGAGAGCAACCCAAUUUAUAUGGGUUUUGAUGACAUAAUGGGUUAUGGGUUUAUAUGGGUUUAGGUGGGUUUUGGACAUAAUUAAUAUUCAUUUUCAAGAAAAACUUUUUAAAAUCUGUUUUUAUCAUGACAUGUAGGAAGUAAAUUAUUUACCAUGUUCACUUAUUGUCAUAGAGGAUAUCACCAAUUGUGAUUGUGGUCUGUAUUUUGAAACAUUGGAGUAGGUAUUGAAGUUGGCUGAAUGUGGAACAAAUCCAUUCACAGAAGUUUAUUAGAUCAUUCUGAUAAUUCUUUCUGUGGCUGCUGUUCAUCUAAUGCAUUUCCUCUUGGUGAUAAGUAUUUUUCUGCUGCAAUGUAUUGAAUGGGAUCCCCACCAUCUAUAUUAUCAAUUUAUUUGUGUCUGGCAGUGUGUGAUCAUAAUUCUCAAAGACGUGUCUCUGAAAAAGCAUGGUGUUUUUUUAUUUCAUAUUUUCACAAAAUCCUUUGAGAUGUUUGUUUUCAAACCUGGCUUGUAUGUUAGUAAUUACUCAAGGCUACAUUUGAAGUCUUGAUUCGCAUGUGUCAGCCUUCUGAGUACAAGUCCAAGGGUGGAAAAUGUACCUGCAAUGUGUCCUGUUUUGUCAACAUAUUUUGCCAACGUUAAUGUUAAAAUAUUUAAUAGAAUAUAGGUAUGUAUUUUUUGAAGUUCCAUGUUUCUUCAUGUUCUCAUUAUUUACUUAUGGCACAUCAUGUUCAAGUUCUGCCUUCUAAGAGAAUUAUCUAGAUGUUCUAGAUAAUGCAACAACAAUGAGAUUUAUUUCAAGAAAGCAUGUUGUAUGUGUGUAAUGUGACUAUGUGUUCUUAGGCCAUGAUAUAUAAAGACUUGACAAUUUUUGGAGUUGAUUUUUACCAUUCUUAUAUGAUGGUCAAGAUCUUGUUGCUAGUUUUGCAUACCACAAACAUUCCCCACUCAAUUCAUUGGUAAUCAAAUAAACUUAUCUGUAACAUUACAUCAGUAAAAUAUUAUCUUCAAUUCAAAUUAUAAACAUUAUCAUCUAAGAAUGGAAGAAAAUGAAAUUAUUUAAAUAAUAAACACUGUUUACAAAUGAAAA